GCGCUGGACAAGGCCCGCCAGCGCUGGAUCCGCACGAAGGACGAAUACCAUGAGGCGCAGAUGGCUCUGGAGAAGGCCACGGAGGAGCUGGUGGCAGCUGAGCAGGAUGAGGUGGAGGCGGCCCGCCGCAUCCUGCCCGACAGAGAGGACGAUGAACAGAGCCCAGUCAUCGACGUCGGCACGGCCAUCCGUGACGGCAUCAAGUUGCAGUUCUCGUUCGGCAAGUUGCUCGACGGGUUGGAACUCCAGGAGGCAGACCGCAAGAUCGUGGAGGAGCGGUCGGGGGCUGUCAACACAUUGCUCCAGAAGGCGAUCAGGGAAGCGAUGGGAGGCCUCACCGCCGACCUGGAGAAUAUCCAGAAGGAAAUGGCCGAGGUGACCAGCAGCCUGCGGGGGCAGGAGGGCCAGGCGGUGCCCCAAGCAGUGCUGAGCCGCCCAGAGCAGCUGGAGACGAGAGCGCCCCAGUGGUGGCCGACAAGAAAGAGGCCCUACAGCAGGAGGUGGAGGCAGAGAUCCAGAGGGCGCGGCAGAGAGUCCAGCAGUCGCUUUGACGGCAGCGAGGCUCAGAGUAGAGACCACACGCUGUACAUGAGGAACUUGUCCAGGUUCGGACCCACAGCCAAGCGCCUCCUGCAGAAGCGCGAGCAUGACUUCUACGUCCUACCAGAAGUACGCACGCGUCCAGACGAGGCAGAUGGGCAUCUUGAGGUAUGGGCGAAAGCAGGUUAUACGCCAGUGCUGACUCCGAGCCGUGCAUCGGAGAGCAGUCUAAGGCCAGGCGGAGUUUCCGCAGGCUGCAGGAAAGCUUUUCAGUUCGAGUCGUUUCGCCAUCUCUCGAGUGAGCCAAAUGCCACACUGGGCAUGCGGGACCUCCAGAAGGGACAGCAGCCUGUCACCAGCGGGGUUGAUUUUCAUGACUUUGUAGGUUUCCAGACGAAAGUAUCAGGACAGGCGUUCAGCAUCUUUGGAAUCUAUCUUACCACAGGGGUGGGUUUGCGAGGCGAGAACGCCCGCAAGCUCGCCAGCCUAGGCUCUUUGCUGCAGUCCCUUCGUACACCGUGGCUUGUCAUAGGCGAUUGGAACUGUGAGCCAGAGGAGCUCCAG